GGAGAGCACAUGCACAGAAAAUCCUCCUGCUUGCAUGCACGGCCUCACUCGCAGCACAGGCAUCGAGAGGAGCAGAGCCACGGUGCUGCAAGUGGUGAAGCAACAAAAGAAAGUCCGAGUUUGCUCUUAAGCAAAAAUAUAUCAGCUCCAUGUGGAAUCUGCAGUUAAACACUUAAUCAAACUAUGGAAGCUCAGAAGUGGAGGUAGGAGAAAGCAGAGCUCCUUCUGACGGAUUACUGGACUUGUCAUGGUCUACAUGAUCCUCUCUUCUGUGAUUUUUAUAUUGGAUUUAUCCACGUUUUGAAGUUUUUUUGUGUGAAUGACGUGUGUGGAAGCAGGAAACAUGUCAAACAGACAUACCAGUCACCUGCUGAGGGGAGUCUGGUUGAUCUGGCAAGCUGUAAUUGUAGUUGGAACGGGGAGUAAAGUUUGGGAGGUGCCCACAGGUCCUUUCACAUCCUCCUCCAAUUGGAGCGAGAGCCUGCGUUGGGAGGGCUGUCAGUACCAUCACCUGGAGGACAAAGUGAGAACCACAGCUGACAUCCCCCCCAGACUGGAUGGCACAUGGGUGUCAACGAGAUGCGAGGUUCGGCCCGGUCCAGAGUUCCUCACCCGCUCUUACACCUUCCACCCUAACCGUCACUUCCAGGCUCUGCAGCACUUCUAUGCCGACAGCAGCUGUGAACAUCCGGCCUACUCCCUGAAGAUCAAGGGCAAGAUCCGUUUAACCAAGGCCUCUUGGAUCACCCGAGGGGGCGCGGAGGCUGAACACCACCUCAGUAAAGUGGGGAUUGUGGUCCACAGUGCAGCAGCCAAGCAGAAGCUGGCCUCCAGGCUGCCGUCAGUCUGCGUGGGUCUGAGUCUGAGCCGUGCCGUGCCGGGGAAGCCAUACGAGCUCUUCAACACCCGCUCAGGGAGGGCGUGCCUCGAGGGCUUGGGCUUCUCCAUGAUGGAGAUGAGUCUGGUACGGGUGGAGACGCAGCACCACAGCCAACGAGGGAAGGUCCAGGAGCUGUUCCUGGGGGACGUCCACACUGACUGGACCCUGAGACCUCAGCACAGACCCACAGGGUACCAGCAGCCUUUGCAGAAUGCCAUGCACCACAUCCAUCCCUGCUCUGUGUGCACUCUGGUGUACCGCUCCUCGGACCAGCGCCCCCCUGUGUUGCCCCGUGGUCCCGCAGUUCCUCUGUCUCUGGCCGGUCGCUGGGUCAGCCAGCACUGUGAAACCCGUCCCAACAUCCUCUUCCUCACCCGAGACUUCACCUUUGACCCCAGCCAGCAUGCCUGGGAAGGUGUUUACCGGCACUACUCCGACUCGGCCUGCUUACAGCCCACAUUCACCCUGACAGCUUUGGGCCACUAUGCUCAGGGUAACCCCUCCUCCAAACUCCCAGGAGCUUCUGAGUUUGUCUUCAAGGUGACUCAGGUGAGGGUCACGGCUAUGGACGAGUCCACUGUCAAGCUGCUGAACGGGACAAGGCGAGGCAAGUGUGGACUGGCAAGAGGAUGGGAGGUCGGGGUGGAAAGAGACUUGACCCCUACGGGUGGGUGCACCGUGCUGGGCAUCAAGCUUCCUCACAAGGAAUACGAGCUCUUCAAGGUGGAGGUCGAUGACAGGAAACACCUCCUGUUGUUCACUGGAGAGAGGCCGACCGACGGCUCCAGUCCUGACCGACCACAGCAGAGGGCCACCUCCUUCCAGGCCCCUAUGGUGCUUUGCAGCGGGGGUGAAACACAGCCCUUAUACUCAACUUUAAACAUCAAAAAAGUUCAGUUGGCCAGUGGGGCAGAGAGGGUGGUGCAGGUGGUGUUACUGGUGUUUGUAUCUGCACUGUGCAGCUGGCCGGUGCUCACUAACUUAACCUGUUUUUAGCUCAAACCGGUGCUGGAUUCUGUUUAGUGGGCUAGGGUUUGGAAUGUAUUUUCCUCACCCUCAAAUGUAAGAAACGGGAGACAUUUAAGACAAAAUGCCACACUAAAUAAUGAGGAUCUGUCAUUUUUACAUGAAAACGUAAGCUGUGGACUUUCAUCCUGAUGUAGCAUAACAAGUGCACUUUGUAUUAAUUCUGUUUUAUUUUACAACCCCUAAAAACAAGAAGCCAGGCAAUAGGAUCAUGCAAAUGUACGCCACCCUCACUGGUUUAAUGCCACUGUAGAGUUACAUGUUGUAUCUUAACACUCUUUUUUUUUAAUCGACAGUCAAAUUUAUGAAAUCAAAUGAAUAUUUAUUUUUAACCAUUUUUUAUUGUACAUUUGCAUAAAAGGAGGAUGUUGUUCGUUGGGCAUUCAGUUACUUUUGUCAUGUACUGUUUUCUAUACAAAUGAAAAAAUAACUUUCUUAA